AUGAAGGAGGAGGAAAUUGACGCCUCCCGACUGUUGCAAGAAAUAGCUCAUCAGGGUGGCACCAAUCCAAUCAAGGUCGAGACUUGGAUGCAAGAGAUGGAAAAGAUAUUGGCAGUGCUGAAUUGUACUAAGGAGCAAGAGGUACUUUUUGCCACUUUUAAGCUGGCCAGAGAAGCUAAACGGUUGUGGUAUGCGAUGAAGCUAUUCGAAGAACAGCGAGCAUUACCUAUAACAAUGACUUGGGGUCGUUUCAACCAAUAUGCUGCUAAAUUUCUGAAACUUUCCUACUUUGCACCUUCCAUGGUUCCAGAUGAAUACCAAAAGGUUAGGUGGUUUGAAAGGGGUCUGAAUCAGAGAAUUCACGAGCAUAUGACGUGUUUGCAAAUUCAGGAUUUCGCGGAACUGGUGGAGAAAGCCACUGUUGUAGAGUCGAGUCUACAGAGAGGUGCAUAG